GCUGAGUCACAGACACACCCUCCCGGCCGCCUCGGGGUUAAUGUUUGACAGGUUUGUUGCUUCCUGUCUCUCAGGAGUAAAGGGGCGGGACCGGGCCUGGUUCUGAUUGAUUCUCCAGCAAAGUUCCAGAUUUCCUGUCUCCCAGGGGCAGAGAUUACAUCUGGUUCUGAUUGAUCCCAGGUUCCCUGGAGUUCUGGUUCUGGUACCUACCCAAUCACAUUGCUGGAUUUUACCCCCCAGGGGCAGAGGGGAGAGACUACAUCUGGUUCUGAUUUAUCCCAGGUUCCCUGGAGUUCUGGUUCUGGUACCUACCCAAUCACAUUGCUGGAUUUUACCCCCAGGGGCAGAGGGGAGAGAUUACAUCUGGUUCUGAUUGAUCCCAGGUUCCCUGGAGUUCUGGUUCUGGUACCUACCCAAUCACAUUCCUGGAUUUUACCCCCAGGGGCAGAGGGGAGAGACUACAUCUGGUUCUGAUUGAUCCCAGGUUCCCUGGAGUUCUGGUUCUGGUACCUACCCAAUCACAUUGCUGGAUUUUACCCCCCAGGGGCAGAGGGGAGAGACUACAUCUGGUUCUGAUUGAUCCCAGGUUCCCUGGAGUUCUGGUUCUGGUACCUACCCAAUCACAUUGCUGGAUUUUACCCCCCAGGGGCAGAGGGGAGAGACUACAUCUGGUUCUGAUUGAUCCCAGGUUCCCUGGAGUUCUGGUUCUGGUACCUACCCAAUCACAUUGCUGGAUUUUACCCCCAGGGGCAGAAUAUUCCCCAAGGUGAGACAAUGAUUUGCCCCCAGCCAUGUUGCCCCUAAAGUUCCUGGGCCCAAUGUUGCUGCAUUGGCAGAACUCUGCUUAGAUAGAGGCAGGGCCUGCUUCUGAUUGGUGCUCAAGCAGAUCCCCUUGGCCCAGAAGCUUACAUUCUAUAGUCAGAUCGGAGCCUAACCCCCAGGCCACACAGUAAGGAUGGACACGGCGGACCCCUGCCAUCUCCUUAUUAACCACACUCACGUGGGGGAGUUUGAGGUCCGGUUGGCGGUGAAGAUCUCCCUGACGGUUCUGUACGGCUGCAUCCUGCUGGCCGGGCUCGUGGGCAACAGCGUGACCAUCCGGACCACCAAGGUUCUGCGGGACAAGGGCUACCUGCAGAAGGGGGUGACGGAUCACAUGAUCAGCCUGGCCUGCUCGGACCUGCUGGUUCUGGUUCUGGGGAUGCCGGUGGAGCUGUACUCGCUCAUCUGGUUCCCCUUCUCGUCGGGUUACGGCGACGCCGCCUGCAAAGCCUACAGCUUCCUGUUCGAGGCCUGUAGUUACGCCACCAUCUUCCACGUAGCAACGCUCAGCCUGGAGAGGUUCGUGGCCAUUUGUUACCCCUUCCGCUUCAAGGCCGUGUCGGGCUCGCGGGCGGCCAAGCUGAUGAUUGGCUGUGCCUGGGCCGCCUCCCUCUGCGUGGCUCUGCCCCUCCUAUUCGCCAUGGGGGCGGAGUAUCCCCUGAAUCCCACCCAGGGCCACAGGAGGCAGCGGAACUGCAACCGGACCGGCCCCUACGGCCCCCGGCCCAACGUCACCCUGUGCACCAGUCUGUCCAACCGUUGGGCCGUCUUCCAGUCCAGCAUCUUCAGCGGCUUCAUCGCCUACAUCCUGGUGUUGGGCGCCGUGGCCUUCAUGUGCCGCAGGAUGAUGCUCGCCAUUAUGGCCACCAAGCAGCCCACCGUGCUAGUCCGGGGCCAGAACCGAACCGGCGUGGCCACCGAAAUGGCCAAAAGCACCAGCCCCCAGGCCAAGGCGGCCAGGAAGCAAACCAUCGUGUUUCUGGGUAAGGGCCACUCUGGCCUCCUUCUCCUGUCUGUGAGUGUGAGUGAGGGUGGGAGUGUGGGUGUGAUGAUAGUGACCGCUCUGAGAGGUCUCAUUAUAGUGAUAGUGACCGCUCUGAGAGGUCUCAUUAUAGUGAUAGUGACCGCUCUGAGAGGUCUCAUUAUAGUGAUAGUGACCGCUCUGAGAGGUCUCAUUAUAGUGAUAGUGACCGCUCUGAGAGGUCUCAUUAUAGUGAUAGUGACCGCUCUGAGAGGUCUCAUUAUAGUGAUAGUGACCGCUCUGAGAGGUCUCAUUAUAAUCAUAGUGACCGCUCUGAGAGGUCUCAUUAUAGUGAUAGUGACCGCUCUGAGAGGUCUCAUUAUAGUGAUAGUGACCGCUCUGAGAGGUCUCAUUAUAGUGAUAGUGACCGCUCUGAGAGGUCUCAUUAUAAUGAUAGUGACCGCUCUGAGAGGUCUCAUUAUAAUGAUAGUGACCGCUCUGAGAGGUCUCAUUAUAAUGAUAGUGACCGCUCUGAGAGGAACAUGUGACCAACAGACCAUUUGGUACCAAGAGAAAAAUCCCACCUGA